GCUACGUCACUUCCUUCCCGUGAUGCUUUGCGAGCCCAGAUUGAACGCUCGGUAAAAGAAAACAUUUAGAUUUCUAUGCCCUGUUUGUAGGAAUAUAACUAGUCGAACGGGCAAUUCUUAUUGAAACCGACAACAACCAAGAAAGCAUUGUAUCGGCGUGUAAGGGACGAGAUCAUCAGAGCACGGUGUCAUGGAUCAGGAUUACGAGUGCAGGCUUCUCAGGCAAAUCAACAUCCAAAAUGAGAAUGCAAGCCCUGUAAAAGCUGUAGGGGCGAUGCGAGCCCUGACACCCACAAGCUCCCCCCUGUCGUCGCCUAGCAAGCAUGGGGACCGCUUUAUUCCAUCCCGUGCAGGAGCCAACUGGAGUGUCAACUUCCACCGCAUCAAUGAAAUUGAAAAGUCGCACAAUCAAAACAGGAAAACCAAAGAUGGAACAACAGACAGCAACAAAGCGGACGGUCUGGCUUACUCUGCUCUGCUGAAGAACGAGCUGCUUGGGGCCGGCAUUGAGAAAGUCCAAGACCCCCAGUCAGAGGAUCGCCGUCUGCAACCAUCUACGCCUGCCAAGAGAAGCCUAUUUAGUUAUUCUGUUAGUACUAAGCGAGCCUUGCCAGAAGAGGAUGGGAACACAGUCUCUCCUUAUUCUCUAUCGCCUGUCAGUAGUAACAGCCAGAAACUGCUGCGGUCGCCAAGGAAACCCACUCGCAAAAUAUCCAAAAUUCCCUUCAAAGUUCUGGAUGCUCCUGAGCUCCAGGAUGACUUCUACCUCAACCUAGUGGACUGGUCCUCUCUGAACGUGCUCAGUGUUGGACUGGGAACCUGUGUUUACCUAUGGAGUGCCUGCACCAGCCAGGUGACCCGUCUCUGUGACCUUUCUGUAGAAGGAGACUCUGUAACAUCAGUUGGCUGGUCAGAGAGGGGUAACCUGGUGGCAGUGGGAACUCACAAGGGCUACGUUCAGAUCUGGGAUGCAGCAGCAGGGAAGAAGCUCUCUGUAUUAGAAGGACACACAGCCAGAGUGGGUGCGUUGGCCUGGAAUGCCGAUCAGCUGUCGUCUGGGAGCCGUGAUCGAGUGAUCCUGCAGCGCGACAUCCGAGCUCCGCCUCUCCAGUCGGAACGCCGUCUCCAAGGACACAGACAGGAAGUGUGCGGCCUUAAGUGGAGCACAGACCACCAGCUGCUGGCCUCAGGUGGAAAUGAUAACAAGUUACUGGUGUGGAACCACUCAAGCGUUCACCCGGUGCAGCAGUACACAGAGCACCUGGCUGCAGUGAAGGCCAUCGCCUGGUCUCCUCACCAGCACGGCCUGCUCGCAUCUGGAGGUGGAACUGCCGACCGCUGCAUCCGCUUCUGGAACACCCUAACAGGGCAGCCCUUACAAUGCACAGAUACGGGCUCUCAGGUCUGCAACCUGGCCUGGUCCAAGCACACCAACGAACUGGUUAGCACACACGGUUAUUCCCAGAACCAGAUUCUGGUGUGGAAAUAUCCCUCUCUCACUCAAGUGGCCAAACUGACGGGGCAUUCCUACAGAGUACUCUACCUGGCCAUGUCCCCUGAUGGAGAGGCCAUAGUGACGGGAGCUGGAGAUGAAACACUUCGCUUCUGGAACGUCUUCAGCAAAAUGAGAUCCACUAAGGAAUCGGUGUCAGUGCUGAACCUCUUCACCAGGAUCCGGUAGUCUGGGUACCUCUGUGCUACAAGGGGGGGAAAAACAGGAAGGGGAUUUAUCUCUGCAUGUGGCAAGCUGUAAAUGGGACCCUUCUUUCAGUAUUCACCUCAGUAGUCCACAGAGGGCCCCUCAGUCGCCCUGAGGGAUUUAGCCAAGUUGUAGCUGGAGGUGAGAGGGUGCCGAGAAGGUGCAUAGCCUAAAUGUGGAGGGCACACACACAAACAUACAGUAUUCUAGUUUCUCCUAGAUGAUGAAGCCUCUGCCUCCUUAAACAGACUGGUUAUCUCGAAUGACAUGGAGAACUUUUGGAUAACUUUGUGUUUACAGACUGGUGUACUCACCUGCCAAAUAAUACGUUUGUCCUUUUGAGUGUCUAUUUAUUUCUAUAUGGUUUUUUUUUUGUUUUGAUUUGUUUUUUAAAUAAUUUUAACAUAAUCUUUCUAGUGUGUUUGUUUGAAAGGCUGUUGGAUUUUCUUGUGUGUCUGUAAUUGGCUUGGUUCAGUUCUGCAGGAAAAUCCCCCCCAAUUUUUAUUAUUUUUUUAAACUGAAAGACGACAAUGGUCAAUGUAGAUAAACAGGACUGAUUUUUUUUUGUAAUCCAUCUUUUUUUUUUCAAUAUUGGCUCAUGUUUCAUAAUCUCACAAGAAAAUGUUUGUAAUGUCAUUAUGGCAAAAUAACUUGAAAAUAGGAAUAUUCAAUGUGUCCUGUGAGGAAACUUAAUUUGUCUUUUCUUUGCUUGCCUAAAUUAAAACUCAGGCAGGAAGCAUUAAAAUAAAUUCAGACACAGCAACUGAAGCACAAAAGUAAAAAAAAAAUGGGAUUUAAUCAGAGUGAAAUGCCAUUCUAAGAGCUUUUGCAUUGUGUCUGCUAACAUAUUCAGGAUCUGGGCACUUUUCUUUUGCAGCAUUCAGACCAUUUCUGUACUGAGAACUCAUACCAGUACACUCUGUUUUUAAAUAGGAAAAACAGAACUUAUAUCAUCACCCUUUUUUUCUGAAUGUUUGAGUUAGUAUACCCCAUGUAAAUGAAUGCUAUUUAUUUGUGUUGUGUACAAAGAGUCAGAAAUGUACAGAAAUGGCAUGUUUGUCAACUAAUUCUGUGAGAGGAGCUGAUGGCAGUUUCACUGCCAAACUUUAUGGAAAAAUCUUUUAAUGCCACUUCAAAAUCAAGAUAAUGCUGCCAACUUGAAUUACAUAACGAAUGUUUAAAGAAAUAUUUCUGUACUGAGAGAUAAUCAAGCAUUAAAUGAACAUCUCUUGUA